CGUCAAAUAUUUCAACCAAUGAAAUUGGAGAGGAGAAUCCCGCAGAACAACAACAAAACGUCGAGAGGCAUACCUGACGAAAACAAUGAAUGUUCGCUUUCUCUUUGUUAUAUAAGGAAAGGGUGGCGUGCACAGCAAAAAUAUGCCAGUUGAAAAAGGAUUGAGAGCAACAUCGCCUGUCCAUGUUCAUGUUGAAGAUGACAUACCAGUUCAUGUUCAUGUGAAGCAAAAGGGGAAAAAAGGAACAAAAAAGACUGGUUCUGGGGUCACAAGUGUAAAGGCAGGUAAAUCUGUGAGAAGUAAAUCAGCGUCAUCCAGACUAAAGGCUCCAGUCACAGGUCCAUGGGUGCCAGCCCCAGGGCGGGCCACCAAAGGCCAGAAAGUUUCAUGGCAGUGGCAUCCAUGUCAUUGUCCCUGCCUUGGUUGUCAAGAAAGGACAAGGAGACCCCGGUCAAGAUCAAGGCCAACUCGGUUUUGUUGGAAGGGCCCAACACACAGACUAGAAAUCAACACUCCAAAAGAUGCCUUACGAAUGGAUGACUUGUCUACUGAUGAAGAAGAACAUAUCCACGGACAAAUGAAAAACUAUGAGAAGAAAAUUGAAAAUCUCAUGUCAGAGAUGGGCUCCUUAAAAACAGAGGUUGAGAUACAGAACAGUCAGAGAGAACUAGAGAGAAAGGAAGAGCUGUUAGAAACAAGUCGUCAUGUGAUGGAUGCUCAGGAAAGAGAAUUAGAAGAUACAAAAGAUGAGCUAUCAAUGGCAGAGCAUGAAAAUAAACUCCUCAGGAAAAGCAUGGAAAUGCUCAGUGAAGAAGCAAACAUUAAUAGGUGUGAUGUACAGGCACUCUCCAAUGAGCGAGAAAAAUUAAUGAAGAAAUUGAUUGAGGUGGAAAUGGAUGGACAGGCAGCAGUGAAACAGGUGAACGAGAUGAGAGAAGCCUUCAGAAGAUUAAGAGAGGAGAACAGAAUAACAUCAACUGACUAUAAUAGAAUGGUCAAACAGAAGGACAGUCUUUUAGAGAAACUAACAGACUUUGAGGCUACAAACAGAGCUCUGAGACGCUUGUUACGGGAGCAACAUCAAGCUGAAACAGCAGCUGUUCGACUUGGUGAACAGAGAGACCUAUUGAUGAAACGGCUUAGUGAAGCAGACAGAUUUAAUGAGCGAUUGAAGAUAGAGCUUCGGGAUAGAGAUCUGUUAAUAGCAGAAAUGAGGUCACAGUUGGCAGCACAGAGAAAAGCUUCAUUUAAGAAAGAGACAAAAUUGAAAGAUGAAAACUUAGCUCUCUCUGGUCUCCAAUCUUCCAUUGAAAACACUAGAGCACAUUUGCAAAAACAGUUACGCACCAAAGAAGCUGAUUUAAACCGUAUGGCGGUACAAAUUAGGACAAUAGAAAGCACAAGAGCUCAGGACAAGAUUGAAAUUGAACAUCUUCAGGAACUUGUAACACGCGCCAAGGAAAAGGCAGAUAGAGACAAGGAGGCCCUGAAAAAAGCCACUAGAGUACAAAAGCAGCGAGCUGAAAGAAGCCAAGAUGCAUUGGAGAAGAUGAAUGUACAGCUGAUGGAGCGAGAGGCACAACUUGAGGAUUUACGAUCCCAGCUGGAGCUUAUGGGGCCUCGAUAUGAUAAAAUGGCAAAGGAGAAAUCCCAGCUUCAGGCCGAAAACUCGGCACUCAAGAUGAGGAUGGGUGAGCUGGAAUCACUAAUGGACCAAGUGGAAAACAGCUCCAAGUCCCAGCAGGAAUCAGUCAGUGUACAACUCCAUGAAAUGCAGGCAGAAAACUCAGCUCUCAAAGUGGAAAAUGAAAGACUCAAGACCUCAAUACAGACUAUUGAAAGAAAAUUCCAGCAGGCAGAUGAAGAACUGGUCCAACUUAGGGGAAAUCUCAAGCAGUAUGAGAACCUGGUGGAGGAAUACAAAGCUCAGAUGAACAAAUCUCGCCAGGAAGCUGAUGAUACUCUGGUACAGUUGGCCGAGGAGAAAAAGAACACAGAUUUUAUAGCCAGGGAAAGCGAAAUAGAAUUAGAAAAGGUCAAAGUUCGUCUCCAUCAGCGUCUCCAAGAACUUGAACCACUUCCUGACAUGCUCAAGUCAACAGAACUUAAAUUAUUUGAGUCCCAAGAAAGAAUGCUUCUGUAUGAGAAAAAGAAUACAGAAAAUACUAAGCUGAUUGCAGAACUUACAGCCAAGGUAGAGCAUGUGACAGAUCAGCUGGAACAGAACAGGAACAGGUGCCACGAGGCACAGGACGAAAACCGCCUCAUGCAGAGCAAGAUAGAAUCACUAGAAAGGAAACUGCGUGACUCAGAAGAAGCUAACAGAGAGUUGAUGGCCAGUGUGGCGAAGCGAGAGGAGGGAUUACAUCAAAACAAUCUUCGCUUGGAAGAAAAGUCUCGAGAAAAUGCUAGUCUUACUCGCCAGUUAGAAAAUGCUUUGUCGGAUAUACGACGCCAAACAGAACAGACCAGAGAUAAAGCACUCCAAAAGGAGAGAACAUAUCAGACUCGAAUUACCGACCUGGAGUCUCAGAUGAGUCAGUGUCGAGCAGAAAUAGCUCGCCUGAAACGGGAAAAGGAAGAGAAUGAAAGGAAGUUUAAUUCAAGGUUAUAUGACCUCAAGGACCGUCUAGAACAAUCCCACAGUACCAACCGCAGCAUGCAGAAUUAUGUCCAGUUCCUCAAGAAUUCCUAUGCCAAUGUAUUUGGGGACAGCACGGUCUCUUACCCUUCAACCCCUCUUAACUCAGGACACCCCCAAAUCUAGUAUUUUCUCCCCCUAUAUUUUUGUAGGAAUAAAAGCAAUCCAUCUUUUAUUUAAUCUUUUAAACUAUGUUUUGUGUACUUUUUAUGAGAAUUUUUAUGCCCCGCCAUGAAUAUGGCCGGGGCAUAUAGUGUUUGUCAUGUCCGUCUUCCGUCCUUCCGUCCUUCUGUCCUUCCGUCUGUCCUUCCGUCACACUUUGCGUUUAGCUCUGUUCAAAGCUCAGUUUCAAAGAAACUAUCCAAGAUAUUUUUAUCAAACUUCAUAUGCUGAUAGAUAUUGAUG